UGUGAGCUGCCACCAUGCAGAUCUCUUGGGCUGUGUGCUCUGUCUGUGUCUUAAUACAAAUUGCAUUUCGAUCUGUGGAAGGGUGGCAAAUGUUUAAAAAUGAUGCUACAGAAAUCAUUCCUGAGAUCACUGAAAAUACAGAAACACCGAUGGAGCAGACUUUCAGCAACAACAACACGAUGAACCAGGCAAAGCAUGGAGGAAGACACAUACAACAAUCUCCAGACCCUAACGAUGCUUCCGACUUUAGCUGCAGAGAAAUGCGAACCACCCGCUAUGUCACAGAGGGGCCUUGUCGCAGCAUCAAGCCUGUCAAGGAACUGGUCUGCUCUGGUCAGUGUGUCCCCUCACACCUUCUUCCCAACUCUAUUGGUAGAGGGAAGUGGUGGCGUCAGAAUGCCCUGGAUUAUCGCUGCAUUCCUGCUCACACUCGCACGCAGCGCAUCCAGAUGACUUGUCCCGAGGAAGAGACUCGGACUUACAAAUUCCGAGCUGUCACGUCCUGCAAAUGCAAGCGCUACACUCGCUACCACAACCAGUCUGAGCUGAAGGACUUUGGAAAGGAAACUGUCAGGCCUCAGAAGAACAAGAAGCCCCGUCUCUCCAGAGCCAGGAGCAGCAAAUCUAACCAGCAUGAGUUAGAAAAUGCUUAUUAGAAGGUGGCUCUAAGUGAUACAGCCUAGCAGCUCUGGAUAUUUUACAAAACAUCAAAUGGCACAUACAGGCCACAGCAUGACGUUCUGACUGCAGUAGGUUCCAAUUCCUUCUGCUAAGCUGGGUCAAAGGCUCACAUAGUCAAAAAUCUAUCAGAUUAUAGCAGUUAUGGUCUGAUAAGAGAAUGAGAUAAACCGAGCUGGAGGCAGCAACACCUAAAUUCAGUCUGAGAGGAGAGGUGCACCUUGGAGAUUCAUGUGAGGUCAUGUGGCUUGUACAAGUAGGAAGGCAGAGGAAAGUGAAUCUGUUAUGGUGACAAUCACGCUUUGUUAGAAGUCAUUCUAGUCACUUUAUGUGAAAAGAACACUGAGAUCCCUUUCCCAUUUUUGUUAAGUACCGUGAUUCAGGACAAGCAUGCGAUUAGGGAAGCACCAGGAGAGUUACCACUCUCAAAUGAGUUGUAGAAAGUUAGUGAUAGCAGGGAUUGCGAUAGUUAAGGUGACUGAAGUCAAACUGUUGGGGAAUUAACAUCCUGUCAGAUGUCCUCAUGCCCUAGUUGUUUCCUCUCAAACACAAAAAUCAAAAUAUGACACUUGUGUUCUCAAAACAAAAGUGUGACGGAUCUAUUUCAUACUUUUGAUUAAAAGACUGUAGGAUCAACAGAUUCACAACUGAGAUUUGACAACUAAAACUAUAUUUGGUUUAGGGACAACGAUUCAUUUUAGGAACAAUUAAACAAAUUUUACUAAGUGGAGCAGAUUUAUGAAAUGCAUGCUCCUCUCAAACAAGAUAGCCUCGCUGAUGUUUGUCCUGUAAACAGCUAACGAUGUGCAUAAUUUAACAUAAAAGAUACUGAUUAUUCCUUAUUUCCUAGAACACAAUUGACUUUGGUAUCAGCUUAGAUAUAUCAGUUUACAUUUUCUAUUCUGUAGAGUUUGGAUUAUCUGGCCACACACUUCAUAGUGCUAAGACUGUGCAAGCCAAGUUCUGGGAGUAAGGUGCUGGUUCUGCAUUAAAAGUGAGCCUCUGCUAAUUUUAGAGUCAUGAAUUCCUCUAGAAAAGUCUUUGGUGUGUGCAACUUUGGUAAGUCUUUAAAUCGACAGCAACUUUCCUUUACUUAGCUUCUCAACACUCAGACUAAUGUUUGUGUUUUUGCAAUAAAGAAUAUUAGUAGAAAGUGAAUGGUCACAUGCUGCAUAUAUCCUGUAGAAGUGCUAUGCCUAGUAUCAGAUGAACACAGUUUGGGAUGAAGACAAUUCCUCACUGUUCUUAUUUUCUAUGUAGAGUUUAUGCUGAAAUCAUAUAAACUAUGGAAAUUUGCGAUGUUGAUAGAUUUUGCAAUUAUUUUAUGUGGGACCAGAACCUAGAGAGAAAAGGUAUUGUUUCAGAGAGUGAACUACAUAUUUAUUUUUUUUCUCAGAAAUUAUUUAUGCAAUGUUUUUCCUUGUAGAGAAAGAGAAGUACUACUG